UCAUAGUUAAAAUUAAUAUUUCUUUAAUAUGACCCCUAUCUAUUAUAACUAUCCAUAGAAAGAAGCUGAAAACACCAUCAUUAACCAAAACCCAACAAAUCUCUUAUAUUUACCAUCAUUAUCAUUCUAAAGCUAUAGAGCCUAAAAAACAAAGGAUGAUGAUGAUGAUGAUGAUCAAAACACAACCCUUAUGGCUCAUUCUCAUAACAUAUAUAGGGAUCUUCAUAACCCUCAAAAGGGUCAUCUCAUUACUCAAAUGGGUGUUCAUAACAUUCAUCAGAUCUUCCAAAAACCUAAAGAGCUACGGUUCAUGGGCCAUAAUCACAGGAGCCACAGACGGCAUAGGAAAGGCCUUUGCCAUCCAACUAGCCGAGAAAGGCCUAAACUUGAUUCUAGUUGGCAGAAACUCAAACAAGCUCCAAACAGUCUCAAAUGAAAUCCAGCUCAGUAGUCCUGGGACAAAGAUAAAGAGGGUUGUUUUCGACUUUUCGGGCGAUAUCUCGGCGGGUGUGGCGGGUGUUGAGGAGGCUGUGAAAGGAUUGGACGUGGGGAUUUUGAUCAACAAUGUUGGAAUAACAUACCCUGCAGCAAGGUACUUCCAUGAGGUGGAAGAGAGUGUUUGGAUGAAUAUUGUUAGAGUGAAUUUGGAAGGUACUACUAAAGUUACAAGAGCUGUUUUAAAAGGUAUGGUUGAUAGGAAAAGAGGGGCAAUCGUUAAUAUUGGCUCUGGUGCCGCCAUUGUUGUACCUUCUCAUCCUCUUUAUGCAAUCUAUGCCGCUACAAAAGCGUAUGUAGACCAACUAUCAAGAUGCCUCUACGUGGAAUACAAACACUUGGGAAUUGAUGUGCAGUGUCAGGUACCAUUGUAUGUGGCAACACAAAUGGUGUCAAAGGCUGCAUCGAUAGAGAAAUCAUCGAUGUUUAUACCAACAGCAGAUGAUUAUGCAAGAGCUGGGGUGAGAAGAAUUGGGUAUGAAUAUCGAUGCACUCCUUAUUGGGCACACUCCCUCCAAUGGUGUUUUGCCUCUUUACUCUCAGACCAUAUUCUUAAUGCAUGGCGUUUGGCCGUUGUUACUCGCAGAAGAAGGGACUCCAUUUCUACUCAUCAUCUUUCCUCCUCUUAAUUCCUCUCUUUAACUAACUAAUUAACAUCAAUAUUUUUAGUAUAUAUUAUGUUAAAACUAUAAUUACACUAUGUUAAUGUUAAGGAAUGAAAUACAAUUUACAGUC